AUGGCCCCCUUCUCCCUCACGCAAACCCUCCUCACCUCCCACCCCGUCGCCUACCAAACCGCCACGCAAUCCCCCUUCCUCGCCCGCGCCUCCCAGGGCCGCCUCCCAAAGACCCUCCUGGGGCAAUGGCUCGCCAACGACAGGCUGUACAUCCACGCGUACAUCCGCGGCAUCGGCCGCCUGCUCAGCUUCCUGCAGCUGCCGGACGUGGUGCCUCCGCUGCGCGACGAGAACGCCGUGCGGGAGCAGAGCGUCGAGGAGAGGCUGCUCCACUGGAUGAUUGACGCGCUGGUCAACAUCCGGCGCGAGGAGGACAUGUUUGUGCGCACGGCGGCAAGAUACGGCGUCGACGUGAAUCUCGCCGCCGGGGAAGAAGACGGCCGAGUCGCGCCCGGCACGAAGCUCGAGGGGCUGCGCCGCUUCGAAGCCCUCUUUGACGGCAUCGUCGCGCCCCCUGGUGGCGAUGGCGACGGCGCCGCGCCGUUGCCGCUUCCCUGGCUGGAAGCCGCCGUCGUCUUCUGGGCCACGGAGAAGUGCUACCUCGACGCCUGGUCCGGCGCGGCCGCCCGGGUUUCCGACGCCGCGGCGGACAGGAAGCCCGAGGACGACGCCGACGGCGGGGCGCUGCGGCGGGAGCUCAUUCCGAACUGGAGCUCCGCCGAGUUUGCGCGGUUCGUGGACGCGCUGGGGGAGAUUGUCGAUGCGGGCGUGCGGCGGGAGAUGGAGAGGAGCAAGGCGGGAGAGGAUGAGGAGGAGCUUGUCAAGGCGCGGUUGGUGGAGCGGGCGAUGGCCAAGUGGCGGGAUGUGUUGGCUGCCGAGGAGGCAUUUUGGCCGGCGGUGGAGGGGAGCGACUGA